AUGUCGCCAUACUAUGAUUCUGGCCCCUCAUCGCCCUCAGAAUCGUCAUCCAGAUCGGAAUAUGAUCGGGUACCUUUGGUCGAAGAGAACAAUCCAUUGAACGAAAAAGGGGAGUGUGAUUUAGACCUCCCAUCAAGUUUUCAGCCGAGUACCGCGAAGGAGAUCUGGACGCGGAUUGUGGAAACACCAAGGGCGCUCGUGGUUGCUACAUGUUUCGCGACCACAGUUCUUCUUCUGAUCGUUAUCACCAGUUUCACCGUUCACAAACCGGGAUCCUAUGUUCGCAUGUACACAUUAUCCCAGCAGAACGCUCUCCAGCCGGAAUACCGAGACUCAUUCGGUGGCCCUAUGGAGCUUGGGGGUACAUACCGCUGCGGCAGCUACCCCAGCGAAGCAAAAUCAUUGGGAUGCGUGUUUGACCUCAUGAAUUUUGGUUGGACGGCACCCGAGUGUUAUUAUGAGGAAAUAUCUACCGCAGGGAUAGCUAAAGGCCCGUACAAAUUUUACUUGGAUGAGGAUCUCACUGUGGAAAUUCCACAAGAUGUCGCCCUGUCAGGUCGUGUGGUUGAUGUGUAUACAACGCGUCACUACCACCGAGAGCACUGCAUAUGGUCGCAGGCUGUGCUGGCACUAGCGAUGAAAGAUGACAAUGUUUUGAUUCCACAGGUAAUUGCCCAGCAGAACCAUACGGCACAUUGUCAGCAUUACGUCGAGGAAUCUCAAGGGAAGCCUAUGGAGAAAGUCGACACCUGGACACGUGUUGUCUAUAAUUCUUGUAUCAAAUUGUCCGAAGCCGAUCUCCUCAUCGUUGUUUGA